CUCACACCUUCUCUUCAAUCUCUUCUUCUUCCUAUUUUAAAAUUCGAAAUUACCCUAUCUCUAUUCAACAUGAAUCCUUCCGGCUCCGGCUUCUCUCCCGACGAUCUCCCGCCGAGUGACGCCGCGAUGUGGUUCUACCACGAGUGGGGCGAUCGACCGCCUAUCUACGAGACGCAACAAUCGGGGUACGUCGACCGAGAUUCGGUUCCGGAGACUCAACCGAAACCGUCCGGAUCGAAAAAAAGUACACACCGGAAAAGCCACAAAGCCAAAAGCACGUUGAACGAGGCGGAACGGUCAAUCCAAAAGUGGUCGCCGGAGGAGGAGUGCAUAUUGGCAUCGGCUUGGGUUGACGUCUCCGAGCAUCCUAUCAUUGGUACGGAGCAAACGAAGGAUGCGAUGUGGGAUCGUAUCGAGGAGAAGUUCUUCACGGCGAUGAAGAAGGAUGGCUCCUACCGAACCCGGGACCAACUCACUUCCAAAUGGAGCCACAUCAAUAAAAAAGUCCUAAAGUUUAUGGGAGUUUACGAGGAAUGCUCCCGGUCCCGGAGGAGCGGCACGAACGACGCCGAUGUUCUCCGGCUUGCCACGACCCGGUAUCAAGACGACGGGAACCAAGGCAAGGUGCCCAUGGAUCUUUGGAGGAUUUUGAGUCGUUCCCCGAAAAUUAGCAGCACCAAACAGCGGGAGAACUCCGCGGCUGAUAGAUCGACGGCAACGAAACCAGUUAAACCAACAACUAUGGCGAUGCCCGUCGACUUCGGCGAUUCAGCCGCAAGCGGCGGAGGUGGGACCCUGUCAGGACUGUACCAGAACUCAAGGCGGCUAUUGCUGAAGACCAGAGAUGGAUUGGAGAAACUGGAGCGCUCACAAUAUGCGUCUUCCUCGGCCGUAUUCACGUCUUCAUCGAUCGCCUCGUCCUCGGGCGUAGAAUCUCCCAGUCAUCUGUUCGAUUCUGUCAGGAAGGACAUCACUCAGAUCCAGUUGCUAUGUUCGGAGAUGGAUAGCCUUUGGCGUUCCAUUCCCGCCAAAUCUCAACGCGAUCUCUGGAAAAGAAAGGUGGAACAAGUGGCUGAAGAGGCUGAUUCUCUGAAAGACUGUUUGAAUAAAUACGAUCUUCGUGAUAGAAAACGAAUACAAGAAGCUCAAGAGAGAGCUGAGUUACUAGGAAGAGCUAAUGGAAGUUCAUCUCAUAUUCUUCGGAUUUUUGAUGAGGAAGCACAAGCAAUGCAGUCUGUCCGUAGAUCUUCAAAGAUGAUGGAAGAAACCUUUGCAACUGGUGCUGCUAUUCUCUCUAAAUACAGUGAGCAAAGGGACCGAUUAAAGCACGCUCAACGGAAAGCUCUGGAUGUGCUCAAUACAAUGGGACUGUCUAAUUCUGUAUUGAGGCUGAUCGAGAGGAGAAACCGUGUCGACAAGUGGAUCAAGUAUACCGGCAUGGUUGUGUCGGUCGUCAUCCUUGUCGUCGUGUGGAAGUGGACAAGGUAAGUGGUUUCUUAGAUGCUUGGAAUUGACACACUGAAAGUUAAUAGACAAAACCAAUGUUGAGGGCCAUGACCAUAUCUUUUAGGUAUCUGAGGUUAAUUUUGGGAUUGCAUUCCAUUUCUACUUGUAAAAAUGUCACUUGUGAGUGGAUGAAAAGGCAGUGCCAGUGGUUUGUCAAUAGUAUUUGGGAGGGGGGGGGAGCCACACCCACACCCCACUUAAACACUAAAUUCAUCCCACUUUU